GGAAGUGAAACACCCCAGUCUUCCUGUCUGUACAGGGGCAUUGUGGGAUAUCAGCAACUGAAUUGACUGAAAGAAAUGGCAACAGACAUUGAACAGAUUUUUCGGGAUUUUGUGAUGAAUAAAAUAAAAGAAAUAGAAGAUGAAAGUCAGGAUAAGAGCCUUCCAGAGAAGGUGGAAUCUAAUAAUGGGACAUCACACACUGAGCAAGCGGCAGGUGUAAACGAAGAAGCUGCUCAGGUUGAUGCUCUGACCACAGCCACAGAUAAAGUCUCAAACACUGCAUCCCAUGUCAACAGUGGCAAAGAAGAACUGAUUACUAAACACAAGAAAUCUAAAAAGCACAAAAAACACAAAAGCAAAAAGAAGAAGAAGAAACAUAAGGAGAGCAGCUCAGAGUCCGAGUCGGGCGGAAAGACACAGGAAAGUGUGAAGAAAAAGAAGAGAAAGAAAAAGAAGAAACAUAAACAUGGAGAAAAGGGAAAAAAGUAUGAUUCACCGUCUGGAAGCUCUUCGGAAUCUGACACUGAAUCUGAGUCUGAAAUGAAACCUUUGUGUGAAACUGUUAAAACUUUAACUGGGAAGAUGCCUCAAGAUUUACCUGACAUUAUUCCUAAGCUUGAGACAGCUUUUGACAAACACAAAGAAAGUAAAAAAGACAAAAGGAGCUCCAGUCGCUGCAGGACCUCCCGACAAGACAAGAGUUUAAGAAGGCAGCGCUCCUGUUCCAGACAUAGAUCCAGAUCCCGGUCACCGAGACGAUCUUCGAGAUCAAGGUCCAAAUCACUUUCCAGGAAAAGUCCAAGAAGGCCGUGUGCGCAGAAAAGGUGGAGAAGUCGAUCCAGGUCUAGAUCCCAACGGCGUAACCGACGGUCCAGAUCUCAUUCUACCGGAAGAGGCAGACAUUCCAUAUCCAGGUCACUGUCUCAAGAAAAUAGAUCAAGGUCUAACGCAAAGAAGAGCAAGAGAUCUCGAUCCAAAAGUAGGAGUUCGUCAUCAAGUUCCCGCUCAAAAUCGAGUGAUCAGCAUCCUGUGAAUGAGAGAAAAAUGCAAAGUACAGCAGCAGAAAUAAAGCUUGAUGGCUCUCUAAACAAAAACCUAAAGGAAGCAGAAAAUGGAGACCAAGAGAAAAGUGAGACUGUGCCAGAGACCCCCUCUACCAUUAUUAUUACAGACGGCAUAAUAAAUGAUGGCCAAGUUACUAGAUCUGCUGGCUCCUGGAGACCCAUUCCUUUCCUGAACGCAGGCGUGUCUGUUCCUGACUCCUCUGAAAAGUGUAUUAUACCCACAAUGCCUUUGGAUACGAAAGAUGUUUUACUAUAUACCUCAGGUGGGUCCCGAGACCUCCAUGGCACUGAAAAGGAAGCAGAAAUCAUUAGUUCUGAACUGAAAGACUCCCAAGACUUUAAACAGAAGUCCAUAUCACCAAAUCAAAGGCACUCAAAAUCCCCUUCAGGAAAAAGAUCAACGUCCAGUUCACCUGUCCAACAAAGGCAGUUCAGAUCAUCCUCCAGGAACAACACAAAGUCUCCUUUGCAUCAGAAAAGAUCCAAGUCCAGAAAACGCACUAGGCGUUCUAAAUCCAAUUCGCCCGAUAGGAAAAGGUCAAAGUCCCAUUCACCAGGGAGAAGGAGAAGGUCUAGGACCUUGGAGAGAAAGCGAUCACAAUCUAGACAGAGGUCUCGCUCUAAAUCCAGAAGGUCUAGGUCUGGCUCACGCCGGAAAAGGGGCGUUUUCAGAACCCGCAUGUUUAGCCAGCGGGAUCGGUGGAAACGAGAGCCGAGCCAUUCUCCUGUCGUCAUCCUGCGGAAGAAAAGAUCGACCUCCAGAACACACCGCAGCACCAGCACGACACCCCCACGCCUUACUGAGCUCGAUAAAGAACAGUUGCUUGAAAUUGCCAAAGCUAAUGCUGCAGCUAUGUGUGCUAAAGCUGGUAUGCCAAUUCCUGAGAGUCUGAGGCCAAAAACCAUCCUUCAGCUGCCCUUGCCAAACCCAAAUCCCACACCAUUGCCCUUACCCCUGCCCCUACCGGUCAAUCUCCCCAUGGGAAUGCAAGGAAUGUCUAACAUGACCAUGAAUGCUGCUGUGGCUAGCAUGACUGCUGCCACCAUGACCGCGGCUCUAUCGGGCAUGAACGCACUUGCUGCCAUGCCACAGAUGGCACCUUUGCCCACGAUAACCAACAAGCCUCCACCCUCGGCCACACCAAAUCUGAAUCUGGUCUCCAUCGAGGAAGCGAAAAAAAAAUUGGCUAAGCAAGCAAACACCUACAGCAUCAAGGAGUUGACAGAAAAAUGCAAAAAGAUUGCGGAGAGUAAAGAGGAGAUGGCUAUCGCAAAGCCACAUGUUUCUGACGACGAGGAUGACGACAGGCCCUUUGGAGCAGUUGCCCUUAAGGAGAAUAAGGGCAUUACCUUCUGUCUCAGCAACCCGUCUGUGAAGCCAGCAGUAAGGACCGAGGCUGCUUUUGCCAAGGAGUUCCCGGUGUCUUCAGGUUCACAGCAUCGCAAAAAGGAAGAAGAUGGAAUGUAUGGAGAAUGGAUGCCUGUGGACAAAAAGACUGAUAAAGCAGGGGCACCUUCAGCAUCUGCUGGGGCCGAGGACCAGAGUAAAGCCAGCGACAGUGUCUUCCCCGAGGCGCCCUCACAGCCAGUGGACAUCACGCUUGCAAUUAGUGAAAGAGCGGUAGCACAGAAGAGACUGGCUGAGAAUCCCUUCGACAUCAAUGCUAUGUGCAUGCUUAAUCGUGCACAGGAGCAGGGUCGCCAAAGUGGAUCACGUGGUCCGCAUAAUUAGAUUUGGCACUGGUUUUACGCCGGAUGCCGUUCCUGACGCAACCCUCCCGUUUUUUACCCGGGCUCGGGACUGGCACUGAGAGUUAACUGUUCAGUGGCUGGAUUAAUGCCCUGCCUGGGAUUCGAACACGGGCCGCGGCAAUGAGAGCGCUGUAUCCUGCCGCUGGACCACCUGGUUCACCUAUCUAUUAAAAAAAAAAAUCUAAUAAUCUAUGGGAAUUACAAUGAAUCGUGUAAAAAGGAUAAAUCCUCAGAGAUAAGAAAUGAAAUAAAUAUGUUUAUGGAGAGUAUAUUAUUGUUAUUAAUUGGAUGAACUUACACCAUCUAUACGGCACUACAGAGCCCCAAAUACCAGCACAACCAGGCACAAGAACAGUUUUUUACCACCUCCAUCCUUGUACAUCCCUGCAUCUUAUUCUAUUCGAUUCCAUUCUAUUAUCUAUAGCACAGCCGUACAUUCAUUUUUUUUGCCUGUUUGUAUUUACAUAUGUGUGUUUUAAUUUUUAUUGUCUGUGUGGUGUCUCUGUAAAACAACUCAAUCAAUUUCAACAAAUUCCUUGUAUGCACAAGCAACCUGCUGUUGUUGGCGAUCACAGAGGUCAGACGUUUCUUGUAGUUGGCCACUCAGUUCCUCUCCAAGUCAUUGAGGGUUCAAUCCUGACACUUGGCAACUUGAACCUUCAGCUCACUUCACAGAUUUUAUGAGAUGAAGGUGUGCAGACUGGCUAGGCCACUCCAGGACCUUAAUGUACGUCUUCUCGAGCCACUCCUUGCUUCCUUGGUCGUGAUUUUUUUAAAUUCAUUGUCAUGCUGGAAUCCAAAUCCACGACAUAUCCCUGGCAGAGGGAAGGAGGUUCUCUUGAUGUAGUGACGUUGUCCUGUCCCCUUAGCAGAAAAACAUGACAAAGCAUAAUAUUUAAACCUCCAUGUUUGAUGGUGAUGAUGGUGUUCUUAGGGUCAUAGGCAGCAUUCCUUCUCCUCCAACGAGUUGAGUUUAUGCCAGGUCUCAUCUGACCACAACAGUUUCACCCAGUUCCCCUCUAAAUCAUUCAGAUGUUCAUUGUCAAACUUCUGACAGGCCUGUAUAUAUAUAUGCUUUAUUGAGCAGGGGGACCUUGCUGGCGCUGCAGGAUAUGAGUCGUUCACGGCGUAAUGUGUUACCAAUUGUUUUCUUGGUAACUAUGGUCCCAGCUGCCAUGAGAUCAUUGACAAGAUCCUCCAGUGUAGUUCUGGGCUGACUCCUCACUGUUCUCAUGAUCGUUGAAACUCCAUGAGGUGAGAUCUUGCUGGAGCCCCAGACCGAGGGAGUCUGACAGUUAUCAUGUGUUUCUUUCAUUAAGAGAGUGCUCCUAAUUUCAGCUCAUUACCUGUAUAAAAGACACCUGGGAGCCAAAAAUUUUAAGGGUUAAAUACUUAUUUCAAUGAUUUUAAAAUGCAAAUCAAUUUAUAACGUUUUUGAAAUGUGUUUUUCUGUAUUAUUCUCUCUCACUGUUAAAAUAAACCUAUUUACUAUUAAACUAUUAAAAUUAUAAACUAUUAAA